CCCGAUACCGACCCUGGACCAAUCAAAUCCCCCGCAACAUGAUUAUCUCAACCUCGAACUUAAAUCGCCUCAGUACAAGAACUCAAUUCAAAGUCAAUUCAAUCCAGCUGUCAAAAGCUUAAAGUACCUACUCAUUAGGUACAGCAGGCCCGCCCCUUCCUGGCAUUGUCCGGUAGUCACACGUGUGUCGCCUUUGCAGCUGCCGGACUCUCCCAAAAUUAAAUAUAAAAACCAAAAACGACACAACACAACAACAUGGCGUCCCUCAGAACUCAAGCAGCAGCCGCCACCAUGCUUCGAAGCGCGAAACUGGUUCCGAAUAGGAAGGCUUUGGCCAUGGCGCAGCGACGCUUCAAGACCGACGACUCGAGAACUUCUCUUACCGAGACCACCACCACCGAACAACCCGCUAUUACAGAGGAGAAGCCGCAUAAUGCUCCCGACUACAAUGUGCAUAUUGACCGAGCUACGUCAACAUUCACUCCCGUGCCGAAGCGAGUAAUGGAUGGUAGCGAAGAGCAUGGCGUCCUCCCCGCAGCUGUGCUCUCCGGCGCACCAGUGGAACUACAGGCUAGAACUGUUCGCAUCUACCAACCCUCCAAACCCGCCACGCAGUCAGGAACCUGGGGUUCUCACCACUGGAGAAUGGAUUGGGACGUCUUGGCCAAGGGACACCGAUGGGAGAACCCGCUAAUGGGCUGGCAAUCAUCCGGUGAUUUUAUGCAGGGCACCAAGCUCGAAUUCAAGAGCAAGGAAGACGCUAUUGCUUUCGCCGAAAAGCAGGGUUACGAAUAUUUCGUACAAGAACCUAACGCUCGAGCUUUUACACCCAAGGCUUAUGCCAAUAACUUCUUGUAUUCGCCCAAGAAGCUAAAGCACGUUCGGACCAAAUAGAUGGCAAAACAGAUCAGUCUGGGAAAGGGGCCA